CCAUGGUCGCGUACGAAACCGUGUACAGGUGGCUCCAUUUUGCAUUGACUUUGGAGAGCGCUUCCGUGACCCUGAAAUUUCAACCAAGUUUGGAUGGGAUGGAAGAGCAAGAUCGCUUGUGGCAUUUUAAAAUGCAGUUGCUUCGCCACAAAUGAAAUCGAUUUAAUUUGCUUCCGAUAGACAUUUUUGCAGUAAUGGAGUGGAAGGGCGGCUUCCAGGUGCUUCGUCGCCUCCUCCAGCUGGAGCCGAGGGGAUCGACCGAGCCGCGCGCCGAGGACGAGGAGGCUCCGACGGCGACGGGGGAAACCUGCGAGAUCGCGCGCCUGCCGGAGGAGCUCCUGUCGGUGGCGCUGUCCCUCACGGCGCCGCGCGACGCCUGCCGCGCCGCCGCGGUCUCCCCGGCAUUCCGCGCCGCGGCCGACUCCGACGCCGUCUGGGCCUGCUUCCUGCCCAGCGCCCGCGACCUCCCGCCGCUGGCCGACGGGGAGCCGCCGCCGCGCAGCAAGAAGGACCUGUUCCGCCGCCUCUCCGGCAGCCCCAUCCUCCUCCCAGGCGGACUCGUGAGCAUGUGGCUGGACAGGGAGACCGGCGCCAAGUGCUACAUGGUGGCGGCGAGGGAGCUGUACAUCUGCUGGGGCGACACGCCGCAGUACUGGACCUGGAUCCCUCUCGCCGACGCUAGGUUUUCGGAGAGUGCUCAACUCAGACAAGUCUGCUGGCUGGAUAUCUGCGGCAACAUACAUAGCAACAUGCUGACCCCAGGCUCAGCCUACGCCGCGUACAUGGUGUACAAGUUGGCCGACGAUUCCUAUGGACUGGACUCGCCAGCCCAGGCAUCGGUCAGCAUUGGAGGCAUCAACCGAUCAACCCGCAAGGUCAGCCUGCAGCUCCAUGCUGGCAGUGGGCAGCAAAGAAGCACGAGAAGAAACCGCCGCCGUGCAGUUGAGGACGCAGUGCUCCCUUGCAAAAGAGCCGACGGUUGGGUGGAGCUGGAGCUGGGUGAGUUCUUCUGUGAGGGGGGUGAAGACGGCGACGUGUCCUUCGGCCUCGCGGAGACGCAAGAACUGGGCUGGAAGAGUGGUCUCAUCGUGCAGGGCAUCGAGAUCAGGCGUAAGAAAUUGGGCUAGUUAAUCAAGGAGCUUCUACGCGUGCAGGUUUACUUUAAUCCAGUAAGUAAUAAUGUACUGUAUUGUAUAGGGGAAAGGAACCAUAUCUGUUUGUAAUGCGUGUUUCUGAACUGAUACCUUUGUUUCAUGUUAAAAGAAGGAACAGUUAAACAAGACAGGAAUGUUGAGAUUUUCAUAGGCA